ACACGCACUCUUUCAUACGCACAGCAAGAAAUCCCUUGCCAAGAAACAACAAACAGAGCUAGCUAUAGCCGACAGCAACCAUGGACACUGCUCUCUCCGCAGUAGCAAGCGAGCUAACCAGCAGGUUCGUGUCUUUCCUGAUCAGCAAAUACAGGAACCAGGCAUGCCUCAAGAACAAGAAGAACCUGGAAUCGCUCCGUGGCCUCCUCCUCAGAGUCCACACCGUCGUGGAGGAGGCCGAGGCACGACACAUCACGAAUUCAAAGAUGCUUGUGCAGCUCAAGUUGCUCAUGGAAGCCAUGUACCAAGGAUACGAGGCCCUGGACACCUACAGCCCCUUAGAACAGAUCAGAAUUACAGAUCAGUCGGAUCAGGUCAGUGGCUCUCACACCAUGGAAUAUUUCCCCAUUGUCACCCGCCGUUUCAAUAGCAGCAGUAGCAUUACAGUUGUUAGCAGCAGCAGCAAGGAUGUGCAGAGUGCACUGGAAAAUCUGGAAGCGGCGGCAGCGAACAUGGCCGAGUUCGUCACUCUCCUGGCAGGCUUCGACCGGAUGCCUCGCAGCCCGUAUAGCCGCUACCUGUUCGUUGACGGCUUCAUGUUUGGCCGCCAGGUCGAGAGGCAGCAGAUCAUAAACAUCUUGAUGCUACAGGAUGAUGUUAAUUUGGGAGCGGUUCCAAUAAUGGCCGUGCUGCCUGUCAUCGGCGGCUGCAGGGUAGGCAAGAAGACUCUAAUCUCCAGCGUCUGCUGCGACGAUCGCAUCCGCGGCCGCUUCUCUUCCAUUUUACAUGUCAACGGAAGCGAGAUCCGAGAAUUCGACAGCACCAAAUUCACUUCCCCGCCCGUGAGAACUCUGGUUGUCGUCGAGCUUCGAUCGGACAUCGACGAUAAAGAAUGGCACGAGUUCCGUUCUAUACUCACGACUCUCACCUCUGCAGGAAGCAAGAUCGUGAUCAUCAGUAGACUCGAGAAAGCAGCAAGAUUCGGAACAGUCAAUAAUAGCCCGAUCCGGAUUAACGGCUUCUCGCAAGAGGAGUACAGUUAUCUCUUCAAGGUGCUGGCCUUCGGGAGCGCCGACCCGGGGGAGCACCCGCGGCUGGCGCUGAUAGGGAAGGAGCUGGCGACGAUGAUGCAGGGUUCGCUCGUGCAUCUGAACGUGUAUUCAAACAUGCUGAGAGGCAACCUGAGUGUGCAGUUCUGGACCCGUGUCCUGAAGCUGUACAAGACUGUCAUGGAAGCUAAUCUGACAUCCUUCGGUGAGCGCCCGACGGCGCUUCUGCAGAGAGGUGGCGUUGUGGAUAUCACCGAGUUUUCGUCGUCCUUGUCUGAUAAUGGCUCGGUUCGGGUUAUGCUGCUGAUUGCUGAAAGGGUUGAUGGUGAUUCUUCUUCAGGAGGAUCAGGUGAGCUGCUGCCUAAGUUGGGAUUUGGAGAUAUUAUCGCAGGAUCUGUUGCUCUGCCGAUGGAGUUUGAACUGGUUUGGGAAUCACGGUUGCCUCCGUACACCGUUAUUUCUGCCACGUGUGUCGCGCGGAAGGCUGAGCACUCUGCCCCGCCGAGGAAGAGAUGCCGCAGAUUGAGUACGCCGUUGUAGAAAAAAUAAAUAAAAUGUAUGCCUUUGUAGGCCACAAAUUAGAGGCCAUCCUGCAUCCAUGAUGUGAACGUAUCACUUUAUUAUCAUGCUGUAUCUCAUAGUUCUGCUUCCUACGGAUGCAAUGGUGCUAAAAUAUACUAGUAUGAAAAUAUUAACAAGA